AUGGAAGAAGGAAUCAUUAAAACAAAUGUCAAAAUUAGUCAAUGUAACCAUCGUCGUUUAAAUAUGCAAUAUAAAAUUGAUUUAAAUCAUCAUAAACAAAAUCAUUUUUCCAAUCUACAUUUAUAUGAACGUCAAGAGCAAUUAUUUAAUCGUAAAAUCAAUCAUCUUAAAAAAAGCCUUGCAUAUACUCCAUUUUCUAUUGAUAAAGAUACUAAUGAAGAAAAACCAUUAACGACACCAAAUUGUCUUGCACGUAUACAAAAUCAUUAUCGUUUAUUAAAAUUUUCAUCAGAAACUGAAAAACGUUUAUUAUAUCAAACGCCAUUAUCUCAAUUACAAUCAACAAGAAAUCAUCUAUUAACAAAAGCUGAUAUGUUUGAAUCAAAAAAUGUCGAUGAACAACAAAAACAACGAAAAGAUUUUCUUUUCAAAGAAUUCGAUGAACUUAAACAUACCAUUGAUGAUCCAUAUACGGUUAUAUCUGUACUUGCUGCACUCUCUCGAACAUUUCUUAUAUUAGAUUCUGGAACAGAAUAA